AUGACCUUCCCCAACGCCAGCGUCAACGCCAGCGCCGAGGGCGUGGUCUUCCAGCCGUUGUCCCUCUUCAGCGUGCUGACGCUGACCCUGCUGGCCAUGCUGGUGGUGGCCACCUUCGUCUGGAACCUGCUGGUGCUGGUGACCAUCCUGCGGGUGCGCACCUUCCACCGCGUGCCCCACAACCUGGUGGCCUCCAUGGCCAUCUCCGACGUGAUGGUGGCGGCCCUGGUGAUGCCGCUCAGCCUGGUCCACGAGCUCAACGGGCGCCUGUGGAAGCUGGGCCGCGUGCUCUGCCAGGUGUGGAUCUCCUUCGACGUGCUCUGCUGCACGGCCAGCAUCUGGAACGUGACGGCCAUCGCGCUGGACCGCUACUGGUCCAUCACCAGGCACCUGGAGUACACGCUGAAGACCCGCAAGAAGAUCUCCAACGUGAUGAUCGCCCUCACCUGGCUGCUGUCGUCCAUCAUCUCCCUGUCGCCGCUCUUCGGCUGGGGCGAGACCUACUCCGAGGGCAUGAAGUGCCAGGUGAGCCAGGAGCCGUCCUACACCGUCUUCUCCACCUUCGGGGCCUUCUACCUGCCCCUCUGCGUGGUGCUCUUCGUCUACUGGAAAAUAUACAAGGCGGCCAAGUUCCGGAUCGGCUCCCGCAAGAGCAACACCAUCACCCCCAUGGCAGAGUCUGUUGAACCACAUUUUCUGCUGUCAGGUCAUGUCAACUCUAAGAAUAACAUCUUCUGGGGUAGCACACCGCCUGAGUACUGUCUGCAAAGGCCAUUACACUCUGUCAAGUGCACUGCAUGGGUCGCCAUCUCCAAACAUGGCAUCAUUGGACCAUUCUGCUUUAAUUUGGAGAUCAGCCUCGCUUUCAGAGCUGGUGAUGGGGAUGAGUUGAAGAGGAUACGGUGGCAACUUAAAGUUAAGCUGCAGGAAGGGAAAGAUGCCUUCUGGAGGAAGCUGGAGGCCAAACUCCAGCAGAAUAAUAUUCAGGAUGUGUGGAGGGGCAUGAAAAGGAUCACUGGCUUCAACACCAAAGCCAGGCAGCAGGAAAAUAAUCCACAAACUCCUACAGUCCUGCCUGCCACAGCUGCUUUACAUCCCCCCACUUCCACCACCACUGAGAAAGCCAGCUAUGGUUAUCUGAGAUCUGGACAGGGGAGACGACAGCUGGAGAGAGUCAACCCAGCCAAGUACCAGGCCCUGACCAUGAGUCUGAAGUUCGAAAAAAUACCAGCGCUAUGGAAAACAUCUUGCUUAGUACCGGUGCCCAAGAAGCCCAUCCCAUCCGGCUUGAAUGACUUCAGAUCGGUUGCCCUAACGUCUCAUGUCAUGAAGGUCCUUGAGAAACUUGUGCUGGCUCAGCUGAGACCCCUGGUGGCUCCUACCCUGGGGCCUCUGUAG